AUGAGAUCUGGAGCUAUUCUCAUCGCGGCUACCGGCCUUGUUGGCACGGCUGUAGCCGGCAAGCCAGACCCGGAAACACUACCGCUUCCCCCCAUGGGCUUCAACAACUGGGCGCGCUUCAUGACAUCCAUCAACGAGUCCAUCUUUGUCGACGCCGCCGCCGCCAUGACCGCCAACGGCCUCCUCAGCGCUGGCUACAACCGCAUCAACCUCGACGACGCGUGGUCCACGACGAAGCGCAACUCGACAGGAUCCAUGGUCUGGGACUCGACCAAGUUUCCCAGGGGCCUGACGUGGCUGACGGAACACCUCGCGUCCGCCGGCUUCAUCCCGGGCAUCUACAGCGACGCGGGCACGCUCUCGUGCGCGGCCAGCUACCCGGGCACGCUCCACCACGAGAGCCAGGACCUGCACGACUUUUACGCCUGGGGGUUCCGCUACCUCAAGCUCGACGGCUGCUACGUUGGCGAUUUUCCCACCGUGUACGGGCGCUGGCUGGGCCUGAUGGCCGCGUUCAACAAAGACAAAACGCAGAACGAGCGCAUCGUCUUUUCAAACUCGGCGCCGGCAUACUACGCCAACCCCCAGGACCUGCGAGGCUGGUACGCCAUUAUGAUGCAGGCGGCGGCGGGCGGGCAGCUGGCGCGUCACUCGUACGAUGUUGCGACGUACAGCUCCAACCCGGCCUGGAACAGCGUCAUGAGUAAUUACGGCUUCCAGGUGCGCGCCACGCGCUUCCAGCAGCCGGGCUUCUUCAACGACCCAGACUUUCUCAUCGCCGACCACCCGGGGCUGACGCUCGACGAGAAAAAGAGCCAUUUUGCGCUGUGGAGCAGCUUCUCGGCGCCGCUCAUCAUCAGCGCCGACAUCCCGCGCCUCACCAGCGACGAGCUGGGCUUCCUGACCAACAAGGACCUGAUUGCCGUCAACCAGGACCGUCUGGUGCAGCAGGCAUCUCUUGCGAGCCGGGACGCCAGCUGGGACGUCCUGACAAAGAGCCUGUCGAAUGGCGAUAGACUGGUCACGGUGCUCAACAAGGGCAGCGCGGCGGCCGACUUGGCCGUCUCGUGGGCUCGCGUGGGCGUGCGACCCGACAGCGCUGCGACGCUUUCCGUGAGGGACCUGUGGACGGGCCAGACAUUCGCGGUCCAGGCAAGCAGCGGGGGCGUUGCCGCGCGCGGGGUGCCCAAGCACGGCACCGCCGUCUUUCGCAUCUCAGGCGACGCGCUAAACACCGUGCCGACGGGCAUCAUCUUCAACACGUGGUCCCUGCAUUGCCUAACUGAUUCUGCCUCUGGCGCAGCGACCUGGUCCGCCUGCAAUGCGUCCGACAGCCAGUCCUGGACAGUCGACCAGUCGGGCCGCGUCAGCAGCCUGCUGAACCGGGACAGCUGCCUCGUGAGUAAUAGUGACGGGGGGGCCGUCUCGACGAGCGAGGACGGCUGCGAGUUCAACGCUUGGAAUUUCCCCGUGUCUGGAAAUAUCGUGCACAAGACGAGCGGAAAGUGUGUCAAUGAGAAUGAGGAUGCGUCUACGUCGGCCGUUGACUGUGGACAGGUGGAGAAUAGACAGGUGUUUGGUGUGCCGGUGGGCGUGGAAAUUGAUUAUUCUUGA